AUGGCGGGGAUCAGUCUAUCUUCUGACGUCUCCUCUUGGUACCAAACCCCCCUACUGCUUCUCCUGGCGUGGGUCACUUGGUCCCGCUUUAUAUGGCCCAACUUCUGUUCCCCGCUGCGACAUCUGCCAUCACCUAAUGGCGGGGUCUGGAGCUUGAAUCAACGCCUCCGACUUUAUACCGAGCCCCGCGGAAGACCCCAAUGUGACUGGGUCAAUUCCAUUCCGAACAAUGGACUCAUUCGUUACCGGACGUUGCUAAAUUCCGACCGGCUAUUGGUGACUUCCCCCGAGGCUUUCGCGGAAGUUCUGACGACCAAGUGCUACGACUUCAAAAAGCCCCGUUGGUUAGUCAACGAGCUCAAACAGGUGCUAGGCGUAGGGCUCUUAUUAGCGGAGGGGAACGAGCAUCAAACCCAGAGAAAGAUACUUGCACCUGCCUUCUCGUUCCGUCACAUCAAGAACCUGUAUGCGGUGUUUUGGGACAAGUCACGGGAGGUGGUUGCCACGAUGACCGAUCAUCUGUCAAGUGCAGAACAACUCACGGCUCAGAGGGCGAAUAGGUCCACCCCGGUCACCACCGGGAUUCUUGAUAUCGCUGAGUGGGCCAGUCGAGCAACGCUAGACAUGAUUGGCAUUGCGGGCAUGGGUCGAGACUUUGGUGCAGUUCGCGACCCUAACACGGGCCUGAUGCGGGCGUACAGUUUGGUUUUCCAUUCCUCCAAAAGAAGCAUUUUUCUUGCCAUCUUGCGUCUCUUCUUUCCCGGUUGGCUGGUGGAUUGGCUGCCGCUUCGACGCAAUAAAGAUAUCCAGGACGCAGCCCGAACGAUUCGUGGAGUAUGUGCAGAGCUCAUCCGUCAGGAAUCUGAGCAUCUUCGAGAUAGUGGCGCCCUUGACAAUCGAAACAUCCUCAGCGUUGCACUUCAAAACGGGGGCUUCAGCGAAGACCACCUCAUUGAUCAACUUAUGACCUUCUUGGCGGCGGGUCAUGAGACAACGGCAACGGCCAUCACUUGGGCUAUCUACUCGCUCUGCGUGCAUCCCGGUGUCCAGACAACACUUCGUCGCGAAAUCCGUGAAAGGCUCCCGAGCCCUGAUAACUACGCGAGCAACUUCACAAGCCACAAUAUUGAUACCAUGGUCCACCUCAAUGCUGUGUGUGACGAGGUCCUGCGCUAUUUCUCCCCUGUCCCGCUCACAGUUCGCGAGGCGGCGAUUGACACCACGAUCCUAGCCCAGCCGGUGCCCAAGGGGACGAAGAUAAUGCUAGUCCCUCGUGCCACAAACCGAGAUGCAAACCUAUGGGGCCUAGAUGCGCGGGAGUUCAAUCCCGAUCGGUGGAUGGCAUCUGAUGACCGAAGUAAUUAUGCUACGAUGACCUUUCUUCACGGGCCCCGAAGCUGCAUCGGACGAUCCUUUGCAAAGGCCCAAUUUGCCAUUCUGCUGGCUGCUUUGGUAGGAAGAUUCGAAUUUGAAUUGAAAGAUGAACAGCUUUUAGAUGAAAGGAACAUGAAAGUCACCCGGUCUGUGACAGCUAGACCGGCGAAUGGACUUCUUGUCAAGGUUACUCCCUUGGAGGGCUGGUGA